AUGUUCAAGAUUGUGAUGAUCUGUGCAGUUAUCGGCCUGGCCGCCGCCUUGCCAGUUGCCUCUAACCCUGACGAUGUAAAGGCCGAAGUUGUUUCCCGCAAGGAUGAUGUUCGCCCGGAUGGCUUCGACGCAAGCCUUGACACAACCAACCACAUCACACGCGCAGAGAGCGGUGAUGAACACGGAAACAUCCACGGCAGCUUUUCCUGGAUCUCGCCCGAGGGUGAAAAAAUCGAAAUCUCUUAUGUUGCUGAUGAGAACGGAUACCAGCCACAAGGCGCAUCUCUGCCCGUGCCACCCCCAAUCCCAGCUGAGAUCCAGCGCAGUCUUGAAUGGAUUGCUGCUCACCCAUCAAAGCCCGAGCAUUGA